GCGACUGCCAUAACGGCUAAAGGCAUCGCUUUAACUCAAACCCAACAAAUUUUAGUUUUCUCUCUCUACUCUCUCUCUCUCUCACUCACACACUGUGUGUUUCCCUGCAUGUUGAUAUACUCCUGUGGCUGCGUCUAGCUAGAAAAGGGAAUAGUUCUGGCCGGGUUAAGGGUUUUCACUCGACUCGGCGGCGGAAACCGGCGGCGGAGGGUCAAGAUUAAGGUCAUGGAGUGGUGGCACAAAAUCGUCUUCCCUGUUAGACGCGCUUGGUUUGCCGUCUCCGCCCGCGUCAAAGCCCGAAAAGAUGGUGCGGGGCUUCUGAAGCUUCACGAUGACAUCCAGACUUGCGGGUACGAGGAUGUGCAGAUCAUGUGGGAGAUGUUGAAGAAGACGGAGACGGAGGUGAUGGCAAACCACAGCAAGCGAAAGCGGUGGUUCGUGAGGAACUUUUCGUGGAGCGGGCACGGCGGAGCCGCUCGGACGCUGUCGAUAAAUCAAAGCCAAUAAAGAGAGAGAAGGCAGCAAUAGAUAUGGGUGCAGCAGCUGUUGCAAAUAAUGGUAUCAUCAUCCCUUUUGAUGUUUUACAGAAAAUGUGCAUCUACUUCACAUUCACUUUCAGCUUGUAACGACUUCAUUAUUGCAGUGAAAGUCACUUGUAAAUAUGGCUUUGCCAUCAUCAUCAAUUACAGUGAAAAAAAGAAACAUUCUCUUCA